ACUAUCUUCAUUUCCAUGGCAAUAAGUAAAUAAAAAAAGAAACUAUCCUCGUUCCUCAAUGUCAAAUCUGUUUUUUUCCAUAUUUUGUUAUUAUUUUUUCUAGAAUAGUGAUUAAUAGAUAAAUGAGUCAUAUAACAUCGUAAUUAUUAAGUAUAUAAAAAGCCGUAUCUGUAAAUAAGACGAUUAGUCGUUUUGCAAUGAUUAUCAGAACGCGGUGACAACGGAUAACUUUAAUUUCUUUUUUACUAAUACUAUUUCAAUAAUAUUGAAUGGGUUGUGGUGGCUCGUGUAUACACAAAGCGACAAUGUCGUUGUUUGGAAAAAAUGCCAACAAUGAUACCGAAAUUCGCGCUAAACUGGAGAGGAAAUUGUAUAUAGCGAAAGAGUCCCCAGAGCCAGACUUUGACCUAUCAGAGUGUCAUCUACAACAAGUACCGUCUGGGACUUUCUCAAUUUGCAAAGUUUACAGGAAGGAAUAUUUAUAUUUACAACACAAUAAUCUGCAAUCCCUGGAAGGUGGUGGACAAGUAGCAGAUUUAUAUCUGAUAAAAGUGCUCAAUAUAAGUUACAAUAAGUUUACGCAUUUGCCCAUUGAAAUUAGAUAUUUAGUUAACCUAGCCGAAUUGUAUGUCCAGGAUAAUAUGUUAAGGCACAUUCCAGAUAGUAUUCAACAUAUGCAAUGCCUUCAAAUUUUGGAUGUGUCUAAAAAUAGUCUUAAAAAGCUGACACCAUCACUGGGUAAACUAAAAUGCUUAAGGAAGUUGAUAAUAAGUGAUAAUAAGGAUUUGACUGAACUCUGUCCUGAGUUAUGUUUUGCUAGCAAUUUGAUACAUAUUGAGUUGAAUGGUGAACAGUUUACUUUUCCUCCAGAGAAUAUUGCAACUCAAAACACUGAAGAAAUUAUGAAAUUUUUGUGUACAAAAAUGGGCAUAGAAUUUUUACCUCCGAUACCUAUAGAGUCUGAAGUUUUACCUAUCCAGAGUCCAAAUUCUAUUCAUAACCCUUUUGUUAAACAACAUUCCAUAACUUGGGAAGAACAAGAGGCUGCUAUCAUAGAGCAAGAAAAUAGAAUACACAAGGCUGCAAAGGAACAAAGGGAUAAAUUCUUGUCAAAAGUUUUAGAAGAACAAUUAGAGUUAGAUUCAGAGAUAGCUAAAGUUCAAGAAGCAAAAGAAUUAGAGAGACAAAAAUUAAUUAAAGCAAUACAAGAGGAUGAAAAAGAAAUUCACUGUUUGGUUACUAAUUUCAUACAGUUUGAAAAUUUGAAACCGGAAAUUAUACAGCAACAAUUAGCACAUGAGCAGGCAGAACAUGAUAGACUCCUUGAAAUCACACGCCAAAAUUAUGACAAUGUCAAAAAAUCUGAUGUUUUGAGGGCAAUGGAAAUGCUCAUAGAAGAUGACUAUGCCAUCCAAUAUUCCAAAAAGUAUUAUGAGGAUUCAUGGAACAACAUUAAACAAAGUAUGUUAGUAGAAGAUUUAGAAGGCUCAGAAAAGGUCGCAGAGCUGUUGAAAGCAAAGGAUCAAUCUCGAUUGGCUUUGGUAGGUCAGCUUCUUGAAGAUCAGGACAUACAGAAAGCAGUAGUAGCAUCAUUGCUGGAGCGGGUAGAUGCCAGGUGCUGGAGUUUAAAUCAAGAAAUAUCUUUGAUAUCUUCACACUUGGCAAGGCUUAGUGUGAUUGAGCAAGAGAAAAAAAAGUUACAUAUUGGUUACAACUAUAAUGAGCUACUGCAACAGAGGAUUCAUUUGGUUAAUUUGUUAGAUGAUCUUUUCGCACAACAGAAUAAACGAAGGAAACAACUAAUUGAAACUUUAAAAGAAAUGGAGUCUGAAACUGACAAAACAACUGAUUUUUGGUUGAAAAAUUAUCAAAAAUUAAUAGAUUCUGCACCAAAAACUUUACUUGAUGUUGGGAAAUGUUUAGACCCUGCUCUAGCAAAUUACCUUUUGCAAGAAGGUGUUAUUCAUUGUUUGCCAUUUUUGGUAAAAUUUCUGUUUUCUGAUUGCUUUUUGACAGACAUUACUGUGGAAAAAUUGAAAGAAUGUGGAGUAUCUUUGUCUGCAGACCGGCAGGGCAUUAUAAAAGCAAUAAAUUGCUAUGUAGGGAGCAAAAGUAAAAAUCAUAACUAUGAGCCUUCAACUUCAGUGGAACCAUCUGCACCUCCAGAUGAUGACAUGGAAGGGAAUGUGUCGGGAGUAAUCAGUACUGAUAAAGCUGAAAGUUCAGUGCUCGAGUCUGAAUGUGUCAUAUGUAUGGAUGCCAAAUGUGAAGUAGUAUUCAUCCCCUGUGGGCACAUGUGCUGUUGUCAGCUAUGUUCUAAUAAAAAAAUGGAAGGUUGUCCAAUGUGCAGAGCGUUUAUUGAGAGAACAAUAAAAGUUGUGGUCGCCUGAUUAUCUAGUUGCAUUGCAUUAUGACAAUUUCAUCAGGCAGUAGCAUGGAGAGAAACGAAUGAGAACAGAAGUGGUUUAAGCAAUUUAUAUUGUUAUUAUAACUAUAUUACAGUAAGUGAUUUGCAUUCAUAUAAAAUAAAUAUUUAUGUAUGUUUCUAAGAAUGCACC